UAUCUCUAUCCUUUGUAGCACCGUUCGAACAUUGGAUUUUUUUGGGAAUUUGGGGGAAGAAUGAGGUUUCGUUUGGUUUUGUAACACUCAAGAGUCAAGACACUGUAAAUAAAUGCUAAUUCAUUUGGUUCCGUUUUAGAUCAGAGAUAUGUGACUGGCCGCCGAUUCAGUCUCAGUGCUGAGUAGGAAGGAAUAGAAUGGGUCUCCUGUCGCAGAGAGUCGAGAGAAGUGAAAUAGCAGCCGGCGACCAUAUUUACACUUGGAGAUCCGCCUUUGCUUAUGCUCAUCAUGGAAUAUAUGUUGGUGGCAACAAAGUUGUACAUUUUACAGCAAGUGGAGGAAGUAUGGAAGCUGAGUCAUCACUGUGCCCAAAUAAUAUUCUUGACUGUGGAUUCUGUAAGAGUGAAAGUGGAGUGCUUCUGUCUUGCUUGGACUGUUUCCUCAAAGAAGGGUCAUUGUAUGAAUUUGAGUAUGGCAGUGGUUGUCUGACUUUCCUCACAAAAGUCCGCGGAGGUACAUGCACCACUGCGCAAUCUGAUCCUCCAGAAAGUGUGAUCCACAGGGCCAUGUAUUUACUUCAGAAUGGAUUUGGAAAGUAUGACCUCUUUCAUAGAAACUGUGAAGAUUUUGCAUUGUACUGUAAAACAGGCCUCGUCAUCGUUCAUCAACAAACAAACCAUGCUAUGGGAAGUUCAGGAACAACUGGUCAAGUGGCUAGCGCUCUCCUAGGGGGUGCUUUGGUUGGGGUUGUUGGAAGUUUAUUCAACACAACUACCCCGGUAGGCUUGGGUUUGGGAACAGGCACUUAUUUAGUCAACAGGUACGGAAAUGACAUUGGUGUUAGGAAAGAUGUGGUCAAGGUGGAUGUUGAGGAUAUUUUUUUGUUCCAUCGCUGUCAGGUGAGUGUUGAAGAUAUUUGUCCCACGGAUGUGAAUGACCCAAAAAAGGGAACUUCAAAGGGAAGUUCUUUUGAUUGAUUUACUUAUAUAGUAUUUUGAAAGGAAAAAACAAACUUUUAUUGGGAUAUUAGUAUGUGCGCAACUUUGGAAACUUUUAGGGUGUUCUUAAGAAACCCUUAUCAUAACUGUUUUUCGUUUAAGUAGACAUUAACUGCAUAUCCGAAAUCGAACCAAAUGGAUGAAUUUGAGAGUGAUUGUUGUAACUAGAACUAUGCGGAUGACCCCAAUGAGCAACCUUGUGUUUGUGGCUUUUUGUGCAAAAGAACAGUGAACAAAAUGAUGUUGGUCUUGUUGAAUGGUUCCAGUGUUCUAAUUGAGGCUGGACGCAGCCACGCAGGAGGCAUAUGGGAGUGAGGUCACUUGAUUGAGGUUGAGCUGAAUAUUCGUUGCCUGCAGUUAGCUUAUUAUUAGUAUUAUUCUCUCAAAGUCGUCGUAUAUUAUCUGCCCCUUAUACAUGAAUCUGAAUCAGUGAACAUGUCAAAAUAUUACAUAGUAUCUCGGAAGAUAAUGGCUCCAACUAUGGUCUCUUAUCUUGCACUGCCUUGCUUAUACACAUAGAUUUGGGCAAAUUCUAUUUCUUGGUGAUUAUAAUGGGGUGUGAUGUAUAUUGGAUUGUUAUUGGAAACGUAACAGAUGUAGAAUUUUGUUUUGUGAAGACCUCUCCUUCUUCAGCUGUAUCCUUGGUUCUCUUUAUAUUGUUAUCUCCUAGUGAUAAUGUUUGAAUUGAAUCUCAAUACCCUUUUGAAAUGGCACAUACAUGUGUUUUCCUAAUCUUGCAGUCUAUAGUGUUUAAUUCCCUUCAC